UGGUGGCAGCAUCAGGUGGGGAAGACCAACCAGACGUCAACGUUGUCUUGUCGGCCUAUAGCCAGCAGGGGGACCCUGUCCUGUACCCACUCUACUAUAACGGCCUGAAGAAGUUUAUUGAGUCUGUCCUGGACUGCCACAGAGCUGAACUCUCCCAGGUCUUCUACCCACUGUUUGUCCACAUGUACCUGGAGCUGGUCUACAACAACCACGAGAAUGAGGCUAAACAGUUUUUUGAAAAGUUCAGCGGUGACCAGGAGUGUUACUACGAGGAGGACCUCCGCAUCCUCUCGAGCAUGUCCAAGAAGGAACACAUGAAGGGAAAUGAGACCAUGCUGGACUUCAGGACCAGCAAGUUUGUCCUCCGCAUCUCCCGAGACUCCUACCAGCUGCUGAAGAGGCACCUGCAGGAACGUCAGAACAACCAGAUCUGGAAUAUUAUACAGGAACAUCUCUAUAUUGAUAUCUUUGACGGGAUGCCUCGGAGUAAAAGUCAGAUUGAUGCCAUGUCGGGCAGUCUGGCUGGGGAGGGCAAGAGAGAUGCCAACAAAGCCAAGGUGUUCUAUGGUCUUCUGAAGGAGCCAGAGAUCGAGGUACCUCUGGACGAUGAGGAUGAGGAAGCAGAGAAUGAGGAGGGCAAACCCAAGAAGAAGAAACCUAAGAAGGACAGCAUGGGCUCCAAGAGCAAGAAACAGGACCCCAACGCACCCCAACAAGCUAGAAUCCCCCUCCCCGAGCUGAAGGACUCUGACAAGCUGGACAAGAUCAUGAACAUGAAGGAGGCCACUAAGAAGAUCCGUCUGGGCCCAGACAACCUACCCUCCAUCUGUUUCUACUCCUUCCUCAACGCUUACCAGGGUCUGACAGCGGUGGACUUCACAGAUGACUCCAGUCUGAUCGCGGGGGGCUUCGCUGACUCCACCGUUAGGGUGUGGAGCGUCACACCCAAGAAACUACGCCGGGUCAAAUCUGCAGCAGACCUGAGUAAUAUUGAUAAAGAGUCUGAUGACGUGUUGGAGAGGAUCAUGGAUGAGAAGACGGCCAGUGAGUCUAAGAUCCUGUACGGACACAGUGGACCAGUAUACGGCAUCAGCUUCAGCCCUGACAGGUAAGAUGUUAUAAAGUGAUCAUUGGGGAGGACACUUUCCCAAACUCAUAUUAAACCUGGUCUCGGACUAUGAAGAAUGCUCAAUGGAGAAUGUCUAAGGUAGGGGCGUGGAACUGAUUUUGCCCCGGGGGCGGCAUUCGGUCUUCAAUGAGGUCUGGAAGGCCGCACUGAAGCU